AUGCCCACCGUUCCUUCGUCAGCUCCGUCGUCUGCCUCCGCGCCCACGGUGGAGGUGCCACCGGGCAAAGUGUGGCUGAACGCCGACGAGCCGAAUGAUGCGUACUCUCUGUUCUGCACCGAGGCAAUCCCGCCGAAGGUGCCAGGCACAGUUCGCAUUUGGGUGGACGGCUGCUUUGACAUGCUCCACUUUGGGCACGCGAAUGCACUGCGGCAGGCACGUCGACUCGGGUGCGAGCUCUUUGUCGGGUGCCACAGCGAUGAGGAGGUGAUGCGCUUCAAGGGGCCGCCGAUCAUGCAUGCCGAGGAGCGCUAUGAGGCGCUGCGGGCGUGCAAAUGGGUCGACUACGUGGUCGAGAACUAUCCCUACUGCACACGACUCAAGGAUGUCGAGCGGUUCGAGAUCGACUACGUCGUCCACGGUGACGACAUCUCCGUCGACUUGAAUGGCCGCAACUCGUACCAGGAGAUCAUCGAUGCCGGCAAGUUCAAGGUGGUGAAGCGCACCGAGGGCAUCUCCACGACAAACCUGGUGGGGCGCAUGCUCCUGUGCACCAAGAACCACAUGCUCAAGUCAGUGGACGAGGUGCAGCUGGAGAGCUCCCUGUUCGAGCACAGCCCCACUAUGCACUGCCUGACUACGUCCCGCAAGAUUGUGCAGUUCAGCAACAACUCGAGCCCCAAGUCAGGCGACCGUAUUGUCUACGUGGACGGCAGUUUUGAUCUCUUUCACAUUGGCCACAUCCGCGUUUUGCGGAAGGCGCGCGGCCUUGGCGACUAUCUCAUUGCCGGCGUGUAUGAGGAUCAGGUGGUGAAUGAGCACAAAGGCAAGAACUACCCAAUCAUGAACCUCAACGAGCGUGUGCUCGGCGUCCUGUCGUGCCGUUACGUUGACGAAGUGGUGAUGGGCGUACCGUUUGACGUCAGCAAGGAUGUGAUUGACAGCCUCCACAUUGACGUGGUCGUAGGCGGCAAGUUCUCGGACCUGGUGGUAGAGGGUGGAGAGAGCACAGGGUACGAGGUGCCCAAGGCGAUGGGCAUCUACCACGAAGUGGACUCGGGCUGCACCCUCUCGACGGACUCCCUUAUCGACCGCGUCGUCGAUAACCGCCUCGCCUUUCUGAAACGUCAGGCGGACAAGCGGAUGAAAGACAAGAAGAGUCAGGAGGUAAAGCCGGACGAGUACCGCGGUGUGCGGGAGGUGAACUAG